UGGAGUCUACUCUCGUAAUUAGCUCCCGUAUGGAAUGGUUGACAUAUCGGAAGCCGAGUUUAUUCCUGUAAGACCUGAGCCGCAACCGCUCCCCGUCACAUACACAAACAACCAACCGGGAAUCAGGGAGUGCAUUUUUUGGUUUAUUUUCUUUAACGGAGAAAUAGUCUACAGAGGCUCGAGAGGGAGAACAUACGAAAACUCCUUACCGAUAUGGCUGAGGCGAAUAUCUCGGUAACAGAGAGCCAGUUUAGGUGCCCUAUUUGCCUGGAUAUCUUGAAGGAUCCGGUGUCCAUUCCGUGCGGACACACCUACUGCAUGGCAUGCAUGACCUGUUAUUGGGACCAAACCGACCUUGGUCACUACAGUUGUCCGCAAUGUCGGGAAGAGUUCAUACCUCGACCGAUGCUACGGCGGAACACGGUGCUACAAGAAGUAGUGGACAAACUCAAACUGAACGAACUGGCUCCGGCGCCGGAGUUGUAUCUAGGCGGUGUAGGGGACGUUCCGUGCGACUUCUGCCCGGUUCAGAACAAACUGAAAGCGCUCAAGUCGUGUCUGGUGUGCUUGGCGUCUUUCUGCGAGCUCCACAUCUUGCCGCACCGCGACGUGGGGACGUUGCGACGGCAUAAACUUGUUGCCGCGGUGGAGAGCUUGGCGGAAAGGCUGUGCGUGCAGCACCGUUUGGGCCUGGAGCAUGGCGACGGGGGCGAUGCGGUGGAGUGGAGUGGCGACUGUAUGCUGUGCGAGUCUGACCAAGAGGAACUGCACAGCAUCGACGAGCAAAGGGCGCGGAAACAGGUUCAGUUGCAGGAUUCUCAGAGGUCAGUACAGGGAAGGAUCAGGAGUAGAGAGAGGGAGCUGGAAGAGUUUCAACAGAGCAUAGAGGCCGUCAAGGCAUCAGCUGCAUUAGUCCUGGAGGACAGCAAUACCCUGUUCGUGGACCUGGCCCUCCGUCUGGAGAGGACCAGGGGGGAGGUGAGGGCCAGGCUGGAAGCCGGGGAGAGAACUGUCCUGGGCAGGGCAGAGAGAGAGCUGGAGACCCUGGAGAAUGAACUGGAGGAGCUGCGGAGGAGAGACAAGGAAAUGGGCCAGCUUCUGACGAGGGAUAAUGCUCAAUUCUUACAGGAAGCUCCCCUGCUGUGUGUCCUCCCACCCACUGGGCGGCGCCCCCGAGCCCCUCUCAUCCUCCCCGCAGAAGGCUUCAGUGCAGCCCGCAGAGCUCUGUCCCACCUCAGGGCCCGCAUGGAGGAACUCUGUAGAGAGGAAGUGGACAAGAUCAGCCACGCAGUGAACGAGAGCUCCUCUGCCUGUCACAUGUCUGGUGGAGAGUGUUUGAAAGUAGCAGUGCCUGCAUCGUUUCCUCUCUCCCCCCUCUCUCUCCAGCCUUCGGACCAGAGGGUGAGAGUAUCCUUCCUCAGGUGCUCCUGUCGUCUGUCCCUGGAUCCAGACACGGCCCACCCCACCCUGUUCCUCUUGGAGGGUCCCCAGGGGGCUCACUGUGGAGAGGAGCCCCAGUCCUACCCCCUCCACCCCUUGCGCUUCGACUCCGUGGCCCAGGUCCUCUGUAGGGAGGGCCAGUUUGGAGGGGCCAGCUACUGGGAGGUGGAGUGGAGGGGAGGAGGGUGGGUGGACAUUGGGGUGACGUACAAAGGGAUCGGACGUAAAGGAGGUGGAAAACCCUGCCUGCUGGGACGCAACGAGAACUCAUGGCGUCUGAGAUGCACGCACGCCGGUUACGCCGCGUGGCACGAUAACCGGAAGACGACCGUAGCCGCGCCCCUGUGCCCGCGGAUCGGCGUGUUUCUGGAACACCAGAAGGGAGCGUUGUCGUUCUAUAGUGUGGCGUCGGACGCCGUUUCCCUGCUCCACACGUUCAGGUGUCCUUUCUCUCAGCCACUGUACCCAGCGUUUCGGUUAGACCUGGACUCCACACUGUUGAUAUGUCCACAUGAAACACACAACGGGAACUAACCUCUUCCCAUCUGAUCUCUUCUCUUCACCCAAUGGGAACCCAUCCUAGACCCCAAACCUAACUCUGCUGCCCUCUCUCUUUCUGAACACCUUCUCUUGACCCAAUGGGAACCCAUCCUAGACCCCAAACAUAACUCUGCUGCCCUCUCUCUUUCUGAACACCUUCUCUACCCAAUGGGAACCCAUCCUAGACCCCAAACCUAACUCUGCUGCCCUCUCUCUUUCUGAACACCUUCUCUUCACCCAAUGGGAACCCAUCCUAGACCCCAAACAUAACUCUGCUGCCCUCUCUCUUUCUGAACACCGUCUCUUCACCCAAUGGGAACCCAUCCUAAACCCCAAACCUAACUCUGCUGCCCUCUCUCUUUCUGAACACCGUCUCUUCACCCAAUGGGAACCCAUCCUAGACCCCAAACAUAACUCUGCUGCCCUCUCUUGUUAUGGCCAGAACCCUGCUUUAGCAUUGCUCCUCCACUGUGUUUUUUUAAAUGAACCUCCUAAAAGCUACAACCAACAACUGAUUGUUUACUCAUUGCUGUUGCUCUACAUUUCAGUCAUUUAGCACACACUCUUAUCCAGGGCAACGUACAGGAGCAAUUAAGGUUAAAUGCCUUACUCAAGGGCACAGCGACAGAUUAUUUUCACUUAGUCAGCUCUGGGAUUCAAACUGGGCAACCUUUCAGUUACUAGCUCAACACUCUUAACCGCUAGGCUACGUGCCUCCCUGAAAUAUCAACUCAAGGUGUCAACUCAGCAUAGGUCCACGGUAAGGGAUUAAUCAUUUACAUUGACAUCAAUCAAUCAUUUUUGAAGUAUCGAUGCCAAAAAAACUCUAAUCUGCGCUCAACUCCGUGGAGGCGUUGUGUUACUUGGAUAGCCUUACCUCGGCCUAUCACAAGUCACCAAACUAGUGAUGCUGAAAAGACAAUGUUGUUGUGUAAGGAGAUUCUGAACUGAGCAGCAUAUUGUAUGCAUGGCCUCUCCAUUCAAAUAUCAUUCACAAUGUGGCCCUAUUGUAAACAGAGACUUGACUUCAGCAGCCAUGAAGCCAUCUUGAUCAAUCAUCCUAUUCUAUUGAUCACUGUGACUGUUACUCAACAAUAACAUCAUGUGAAAAAUUGCAAUGUAGCCGAAUGUGGAAUGUAGCUAUUUCAAAAUACUAUUAGUUGGAAAGGCUUUGAAUGCCAUUAUAUCAUCAUGAAGGGACAUUGAAGGAAAUAUGUAUUUGCUAUAAAGUGCAUUAUUUUAUGAGUUAUAGUCAGACUAAUAGUGGGAUAGGCUAUGCUGGGUAGCCUAUGGUUUCUAUGGCCCCAUCUCUCUCUACCUCCCUAUUCCUUCAAUAAUUUAUUUCUCUGUGACUAUUACAAUGAAUGUGUAGCUUUAGUCAUGUGGGCUGUGUAACUGUUACUGUCUUCAAUAAACCAAUUAUACAUUUUCAA